AUGACUCCUGCAGUGAUUCCUCCAAUUCGUAGUGUUGUGCGCCUUACAGUAGAGCCAAAUAACUUUGAAUUGAAGCCUGCAUUGGUACAGUUAGUGCAGAAGGAGCUGUUUUCUGGAACCAGUGCAGAGUACCCUUACUUGCAUAUAGAAAAUUUUCUGUUGUUGAGUGAUACUGUGAAAAUUAAUGGUGUCACAAGGGAUGCAAUCUUAUUGAGACUAUUCACUCAUUCACUGAAGGAUGAUGCCAGGAGAUGGCUACAAUUCUUUUCAACAUCCAAGAAGGCAAAGUUGAAGGAUGAGAUCACAGGAUUCAAGCAAAAGGAUUCAGAGUCUAUCUAUGAGGCCUGGGAGAGGUUUAAGACACUCUUGAGGAAAUGUCCACAACAUGGAAUAGAAGUGUGGAAUCAAGCAGCAAUAUUCCUCCAAGGGUUGACAACCAACACCAGGACAUUGGUGAAUGCCACAACAGGUGGUUCAUUGACAACCAAGACUCCUCAGGAAGCCCUUCACAUCUUUGAGUCUCUAGCAUCUCAGGAGUUUGACAAUGCUCCGUUGCAGCAAGUUCAGAAACAACAACAACAACAACUAGAUACUCUCACCAAGACUUCUCAGAAGGUUGCUUCUGUGGACACUAAUUCUGUGUGUGCCAUUUGUGGGAAAAGCCAUGUUACUGAUGAUUGUGACUAUGGAGAGUCUGUUGAACAUGCAGAAGUAAAUGGAGUGUGUUAUGACCACAACAACCAGAGGAAUUACAACAACCAGGGGCGAAAUGUCUAUGUGCCACCAUGGAAGAACAAGAAUCAACACCCAGGGUUCAGUUACAGUUCCAACCAUCAGUUGAAUCCUCCACUACAUCCUCCACCACCAAAUUCAUCAUAG